UAUACCUACUUUAUACAGACAUACAUACAUACAUACAUACAUACAUACACACACAGACACAGAGACACUCCUAGUGACUAGACAACAACUAGACCUUCAUCCAAGUGUCCUAGCCAAUUCCUCCAAUUCUAUGGGCACCAUGGACCCAUCCACCGGCUUCGAUCUACCAGCGGGAGACUACCCAGCUAUAGACAUCCAAGCCGGGCUCGGCAUCUCCAUACUCCCCUCCAAACGCCAACCAUACACCCCAGAGCCAUGCGCCUGUCCCCCAUACCCACCCCAACCGCACCUCUACACCCCACCAACCCUGCAACACUACGCCCUCCCGGACAUGACCGACAUGGCCGACCUGAUCCCCUACACAAUGGAACGGGUGCAUUUGCGCGAGCCCCCGGAGCUGGAGAACAACAUGUUCUACACCCCAUUCCGGCGCGCGGGGGACUUCUCCUCCUCCUCCUCCUCGUCGUCGUCCACAUCCACCGCCUCCUCGAUACACUACCCGACAUGCGACUCCUUCGACAGCAACACUCUACACCCAACCGACUACUACCCAGGAGCAGGCGCCUCAGAAUACCUGCACACGCCAUCCUCCGUAUCAUCCCCCUACUACCCCCCCGACACCACCACCACCACCUGCAGUAACACACCGACAUACCCACCACCACACCCCAGCCCGACAUCCGCCACAGCAGCCGUGGUGUCCGCGUCUGCAGGCCCACCCCCGGCAGCCACGCAAAAGGACCUGACGCACUACGGCAUCCAAACCGCCGACCAGACCUGGCGGUGCGCGUACCCGGGCUGCACGUCGCAGACGCUCUUCCGGCGCGGCUGCGACCUCCGGAAACAUUUCAACCGCCACCGCAAGCACCUGUUCUGUCGGCAUCGGGGGUGUCCGCAGGCCGUGGCCGGCGGGUUCUCGAGUAAGAAGGAUCGGGAUCGCCAUGAGGCGAAGCAUAAUCCGGUCGUGUGUUGUGAGUGGGCCGGGUGUGAGAGGGUGUUUAGUCGCGUGGAUAAUAUGAAGGAUCAUGUUCGGAGGAUUCAUCGCAGGAGGGAAUGAUCUUUGUUUUUCUUUUUCUUUUGACUUGGCUUGGUUUGGUUUGGGUUUGGUUUGGCUUUUCUCUUCUUGUGAUUUGUUGUGGCUUAUCUUGGUUUUAAUCAUGGAUUUGGGUUAUGGGGUUGGAUAAAGGGCAGGAUCAACUGUACUGUAUUAUUAGACGAUUUCCUUUUUUAUUUUCUUUUCUCUUUUUUUUUUUUUUUU